CAACUAUUUUGGCAUGAAAGCUAAAGUCUCAUAAAUAUCUCCUGAUAAAUUAUAUGCUUCACUUCUUAAAAGAAAGAAUGAAUAAGAAUAAUAAGCACGACUUAAAUCACCUAUUGUAACUGCAAAUAAGUAUACUUCAAUCAUUUAUUAUUAUUUAGAUAUCUGGUGCCAAGCAAUAGAAAUGGAGGUGGCAAUUCUAAAAUAGAAGCUAAAAAGACAAGACCUAUGACUGGAAAAGAUUUGAAAGAUGUAAGUAGUGUUUUGAUCAAAAAAACUCAUGCACGUUAGAACAGCAAAUUGAUUGAAACUAAAGAAAAUUCAUAAAACCUAUCUGCUAGUGCCUUGUCUAUCUUGUUAAAAAUCAAAUAGGAUAGACCUGAAACUAAAUAGCCUGGAAUUCAGUAAUCUAAAGAUAUGUUCAAUCAAUAAGCUAUAUCAAAAAAAUACCAAAAAUUAAUGGAAAUGACUAAAUAACAAUAACAAUCCAUAGUCAAAUCUAAACUAUUUAAAGGACCUCGUUCAAUCAGUAAUCCAGAUAUUUCAAACUUGCAACUCUUCAUUUCAAAAGCAAAUGGAUAAAGUGCUCCAGGUAUGCUAUAUAAUGGAUAAACUAAAACCAAUCAAGACAUCUACAAAAUAAUCAACAAAUUUACAAAUAAAGAAAAUGAUUGGUAUAUUCAAGUUUCUGAUGGACAUGGUACUAAUGGGCACUAAGUUGCUCAAUUUUUGUAAUAAGUUUUGCCAUCCUUUAUUGAAUAGAGUAUCACGACCAUAUCAUCUUGUUUUGAUCGAGAUAAGUAUACAUAUUUUAUUAAUAUUAUUUUAGAUAAGUCAAUACAAUCCUCAAAAACUGUUUUUUACAAACUAACGAAGAAUUACUUGAUUCUGGUAUUGAUGUCACAUAUUCUGGUGCUACCACUGUUGUUGUUAUCUCUUUUGAAAAUGUAUUAUACUGUGCCAAUAUUGGUGAUAGUCGAGCAAUUAUUGGAAGAUUUGAUAAUAAACUAUCAGUAAUUGAAUUAUCAAAAGAUCAUAAACCUGAUUGUUUUUUGGAAUAAGCCAGAAUCAUUUAGAAAGGAGGACGUGUGUAAGCAUAUAGUGAUGAAGAUGGAAAUCCAAUUGGUCCUGCUAGAGUUUGGAAAUCAGAUGAAGAUGUUCCAGGUUUAGCUAUGUCAAGAAGUUUUGGAGAUUAUGUUGCUAGUUAAGUUGGUGUGAUCUCAGAACCAGAAAUAAUCAAACAUGCUCUCUUGCCUUGUGAUAAAUUUAUAAUUGUUGCAUCUGAUGGAAUCUGGGAGUAUAUCUUUAAUUUAUAUAAGAUUUCUCUCAAAUGAAUGGGUCAUUGAAACUGUCUAUGAAUAUUAUAAAAAAGAUGAUAUGUAGGGAGCCUGUUAAAGAUUGGUAUAAGCUGCGAAAGAGGCAUGGCAAAGAGAAGAUGAAGUCAUAGAUGACAUUACAGUAGUAAUUGCUUUUAUUAAAUGA